ACCUCUUAUAAACCCGUUGUGUCGGCGUUGCGGUGAAGAACUGUGCUAGCUCAGUAUUCGUCUAAUCGUUCUUGGUUUCGCAACCAGUUGUUUCUGUUCCUAUAAUUCGGGUGUCUUUUUUAUGAGUUAUCAAAAGCAGCAGAAGCCAACGCUAACAGGCCAGCGUUUUAAGACACGGAAAAGAGAUGAAAAGGAGAGAUUUGACCCUACACAGUUUCAGGAGUGCAUUGUUCAAGGACUGAAUCAAACUGGCUCUGAUUUGGACGCUGUUGCCAAGUUCCUUGAUUCAUCUGGUGCCAAGCUUGAUUAUCGACGCUAUGCUGAAACCCUCUUUGAUAUCCUGGUGGCUGGUGGAAUGCUGGCUCCAGGAGGUGCCAUAUCCGAUGACAUGACUCGGACUCACUUCUGUCUCUUUACUGCAAAAGAGGAUGUCAAAACCAUGCAGGCCUAUGCUCAGGUUUUUAACAAGCUUAUCAGGCGUUACAAGUACCUGGAGAGAGGUUUCGAAGAGGAGAUGAAAAAGUUGCUCCUGUUUUUAAAAGGGUUCACGGAGUCCGAGCGCAACAAACUUGCCAUGCUCGCUGGCAUCUUGCUGGCUAAUGGGAAUGUAUCAGCUUCAAUCCUAAGCAGUCUCUUCAAUGAGAACUUGAUCAAAGAAGGCUUGUCUCCAGCCUUCGCUGUCAAGCUGUUCAAAUCCUGGAUCAAUGAGAAGGACAUUAACUCUGUGGCUACCUGUCUCCGUAAGGUUGGCAUAGACAGCAGGUUGAUGGAGCUGUUUCCAGUGAACAAGCGGAGCAAUGAAUAUUUCUCAAAAUACUUCACUGAUGCUGGCCUCAAGGAGCUCUCUGAUAUUUCCCGUAACCAGCAGUCCUUAGGAGCUCGCAAGGAGCUUCAAAAAGAUCUCCAAGAGCAGAUAUCUCAAGGGGUUUCUUUUAAAGAGAUAAUCACUUCUUGUAAGGAAGAAAUGCUGAGGAGCAGCAUCUCUGAGCAGAAGAUGAUUAGUAUCAUGUGGAGCAGUGUCAUGAGCACAGUGGAGUGGAAUAAGAAAGAGGAGCUGGUCACUGAACAAGCCAUUAAACACUUGAAGCAACACAGCCCUCUUCUGAAGGCCUUCUCCACACAGGACCUCUCUGAGCUCAGCCUACUGCUGAAGAUUCAAGAGUACUGUUAUGAUAACAUCCACUUCAUGAAAGCUUUCCAGAAGAUUGUCUUGCUCCUCUAUAAAGUGAAUAUCUUGAGUGAAGAGGCUAUUCUUAAGUGGUAUACUGACUCUCACCUUGCCAAAGGAAAGAGUGUUUUCCUGGAGCAGAUGAAGAAGUUUGUGGAGUGGCUGAAAAAUGCAGAAGAGGAAUCUGAGUCGGAGUCUGAGGAGGAAACGGACUAAAGCCAUUCUGGAAUGAGGACUAGCGGUUUGCUGUAGAAGUUUUUUUUUUUUUUAAAGUUUAACUUUAGACGUUUUUCCCUUCAGGAAUUGAAAACCUGAAAGCUUUUAUCAUUGGCAUGUUUUUGUUUGUAUUGCUGACAUGCAAGUGUACUGUACCAGCAUCUUGAUGCUUUUUAUCCUUCACCUUGACAUCACUUUUUAUAAUAAAGAGAAUAUAUUGAAAAUGAGCUUCAACAAUUCUGUAAUGUAAAUGGUGUGACAUUGUCUUAAAGCAUAGGAAAAACGUGGAAAAGAGCAGGGUUUUUCAAAGUUUGAGGCCAAGGACCCGCAAAUUCCCAGGAAGGGACCUCGUUCCUAAUGUUAACACUAAUAUUUGUGUAUACAAAUAUUGCAUAUUCAGACAUUUUAUUAUGCAGACAAUAAAAGUGAAUUAAAGACUGCAAGUGUUUA